AUGAACACGAGCCACCCCACCAACUCUAGCGGCCCGGCCCGCCUGCCAUGUGUCGAAGAUGCCGACCCGCCAGCCCCGGAUCGACCAUCGCCCCGCGAUGGCUCGCCUGUCCGGCAGUUCACCGAUCAGCAGUCGCGCGUGUUGCCUCACUCGCGCCUGAUGGUCGUCUUCCCGGUUCUCGCCCUGGCACAAUUCACGGCAUACUUGGAUCAGACCUCCAUCUCGGCUGCGGUGCCUGCUAUCGGUGAUGCCCUCGGCCUGGGUGCGUCGCUGCCAUGGGUUGCGACCGCGUACUUGUUAGCCACGACUGCCGUGCAAUUGGGGAACGGGAGGCUCAGUGAUAUCUUUGGCCGCAAGCAAAUGCUUAUUGCAAGUCUGCUGGUGCUCGCGAUUGGAAACCUGGUGGCCGGGUUUGCGACCAGCCCGGGGAUGCUGUUUGCCUUUAGAGCCGUCAGUGGUCUUGGUGGCGGCGCGAUAACCGCGUUGGUUAUGAUUAUUGCCAGCGACAUCACGACCCUGCAGGAGCGCGGCAAGUACAACGGCUUCAUUGGCGCCGCUGUAGCUUGUGGGAGCGGGAUGGGCCCGUUAAUUGGGGGUGCCAUCACCGCCCACGUUUCAUGGAGAUGGACUCUCUGGUAUGAUGUCCCAUGGCUCAUAGUGUUGAUCACGCUGCUGUACAUCACCCUCCCUGCUAGCCCUAAAGGGGCCAACACGCGGUCGAGAAUGAAGAUGAUCGACUGGUUUGGGCUAUUCAUCAGCAUCGCAGCUGUUGUGCUCCUUGUGAUCCCCCUCUCUCGCGGCGGCUCUACCAUCUCAUGGAGUAGUGCUCAAACCAUCUCCAUGUUGGUCGUGGGGGCAUUUGUGAUACUUAUCUUCCUCGCGGUAGAGGCAAAAUUUGCUUCUCUACCAAUUAUGCCGCUUCACCUCUUCAAAGCCGACUUCUCCUGCAACGUCCUACUCAUGCAAAAUGUUUUGUACGGCUUCGUGUUCUGGGGAAACCUUUUCUAUAUGCCCAUCUACCUUGAAAACGUCCGCGGAUAUUCUCCAAUUCUUGCCGGUGCCAUUAUCAUGCCCAUGGUCGGCACGCAGGGCAUUGGGUCUAUUAUCUCCGGACUUAUCAUUUCUCGUACAGGACACUACAACCACGUUAUGAUCGCGUCACAGUUUCUCUGGAUGGCUGGACUGAUCGGUCAGGGCUUAGGAACCGGAGGCUGCUUCCAGCCGAGCUUAGUAGCCAUCCUGGCGCACAGUAGACGAGCCGAUCGCGCCGUCAUCAAUUCGCUGCGCAACUUUCUCCGUACAAUGGGUGGUACAUUGGGCUUGACUGUCUCAGGGACGAUCCUCAACAACGUGCUGCAGUCGAGAUUGAGCGGCGUGGUUGGCGAAGUUAUCGCCACACAGCUUGCCUCUUCGGCGCAUUCUCUUGACACUCUAGGCCUGACUGCCGGUCAGAGAGCAGCUGUCCUGGAUGCGUAUAUGCGUGGGAUCCGUAUAAUAUUUAUCGUGUAUGCACCGCUCGUGGGCCUCUGUGCUCUGGGUGCAUUACUUGUCAAGGAUACGGGUCUAGCGGAGAAAGACACCAGCACGACGCUGCAUGUUCGGUCGGACAAGACAGGCAACAGAGAUGAUAUUCCUUUGACAAGUACCCCAACUCAAAAUAAUGGAGUAAUGGCGAGCUCAACGUGA